AUGUCCCGUGCGGAGUCCCAAGCGCCCCCCAGCGGCCGCAAGCGGUCCAGCACAGUCCAUUCCAUCUUCACCAACGCUCCUCCCGGUGCAGUCUCCGCGGGUCCGCUCCAGAUUGGCGACUCGCGCGUGCUGACGGCGUGGGUGAACGAGCCCGUCUCCGCGCUCGUGAAGCUCAACCAUAGACAUUGGCCCGGCGUCGCAGAAGGUGACUUGAUAUGCAUCGCGAGCCCGUUUCCGGAACAUAAGCCGGGGUUCUUGUUCGUCGCGCCUGCGGAGGACACAGGGUUCAAGCAUCAGCUGCAGAUAUCAUUGCCAAAGGCUGUCUUGGAGAAGUUUGGGUUGAAGAGUAACAGUGAGGUUACUCUGACCAUAGUUGACAAGGAGAAGUACAGCGCAGAUUUCGUAGAGUUCGUUUUCCAAGACCAGUAUCUGGGACGGAACGACAUGUGGAGGCUGGGACGUGACUUGGUUGGGCAAUGUCUGUACGUUGAACAGCAAGUUUCGUUCAUCGGCGUUAUCGUAGCGAAAGUGCAAGCACUGUAUAUCGAGGGCAACAAGGUGUCCUCUGCGUACAUCUCCCCGGCCACCAAGGUGAUCUUCCGCUCGCUUUCUGCCAAGGUGACCAUCUUCAUUCAAGUGUGCCGCGAGCUCUGGGAGUUUGCGGGCGACGGCGAGCGGUACAACGAGAAGAUCGUGCAUUCCUUCCUUCCAGCCCUAUUUGACAAGUGGAAGGAAAUGGGCACGAGUCACAUCGUCACCAUCGUUCUCAUCUCCCGUGUCUACUACGACCAAUCCGAGAUCGACUACGCCGCAGGACCGCUUCGGCGAGACGAAGACAGGCGCUGGUACAAGGAUUUCUUCAAGGUCAUUACCGACCUCGAGGUGCUGUACGACUGGAAGCCGACUCUCGUCAGCCUGAAGGACUCCUUCUGGGCCUUCCAGCGCGACAUCCUGCUUGCUCACCACUUCCAUCGCUCCUCUUCGCUCGACGGCCAUGAUGGCCCCAUGGGGGACCACGUCCGUCUCGUCGGUCAGAUCUCGUACGCGCACGAUGGCCCGCUCCUCGAGGCGCUCAAUCUCGCACUCAAGCCGACGGAGACGCACUACAUCGACCGGUCGCUGUCGCUAACGGGUUCGUCGACGAUUGUCAUUACCCCUGGCACGGGCUACUACCGCGUUUCGAAGCAGCUGCUCAGGUUGACGACGACACGCGUUCUAGACCAGGGGUUUUCGCUCGAUCUCGUGUCCCUAGCAAAGCCGCCGUUGCACCAAACACCUAUCUUUUGCUUCAAGGGUGUCGAGCCGGACGGACGAGCAGAGGGAAAGACGGGCCCGAGGGCAAACGACCCGCUGUGGGGUGGCGAUAUCGAGGUAAAUGCAGACGGGAUGCCGAAGGAAGCCAAGACUUUCUGGUGGGAGCCGUUUUGGAUCGAGACGUCGUUCUGGGACAGGCAGAUGGACUUGCCCUUCCGCAAGGAUAGAUUUAUUUCGCGCGCCAAAAUGCACGAGAUUGAGAUGUUGGGUCUGCUCGAUCACGACGUCCUCUCGAGCAUUGAGAUUCCCUACCUCCAACAAGAGUCUGAUCGCGUCGAGGCGCUAUCGCACGAGUGGACAUCCGACACGACCGACUCGGACCUCUCCAAGUCCGAGAUGCUUGAGAGGAAGACUGUGCUGCUAUCUCCAGAGGAAGCGGAUCAGUUCGACAACGAUGUCUUCACCAUACGUCUAGAUGUCAAACCGCCAACCACCAGAAAUUCUUUGUCGUCUAACUCAAGUGGUCCCACUUUGAGCUCGUCCUUCAGAACCAUCGAUAAGCGGGCAUCCAUCGUACGGGUUCCAGACGCAUCUCGAAUAUCUCCCAUCGCAGAGAGCCCACGGCCUCGACAGCGACCCUUGUCAAUGGCAGCCUCUGCCUUUGACCAAGAGCGAAGGCUUUCUGUAGCCAUAUCAGGUGGCAACCUGAGCACAUCGCCCUCUCAAUCGUCGAUUCUUUCCGGUCGCUCGGGACAUUCGCAAAGAAGCAGAGCAUCUGGCGAGAGCCGAUCACGCGAGCAGCGCAACUCUGGCAUUUCCAAGUUUGCCCCUACAUGGCUGCUGAACCCGUUCCGAAGUGGUAUCAGUCAGCCUCAGACCUCGCCUGUCUCUGCAGCUGGAAUUACUGGGUCUACACCUCCACCUUCGGCUGUCUCGACACCUACGAUCACUCGGCCAGCUCAGCGCCUCCCUCAACCUGUAUCGAUGAGCCAGGCCCGUCCUAUCCGUCCCCGUGCCAAAGAAGAGGAUUUCCCUGGACUCCAUCGAGGUUCCCUAACCCGUCAUUCGCCUGUUGGUACCCCGCCGCGCGAUGACAUCCUCAAUAAACGCCGUGGGACGAUUACUAGCGUAGCUAAUCUUCCUAUCCUCCCUACAAAUCUUGCCAUCAACAUACAUCCCACGAAACCUCUGGCCACCGUACCCUACGCUCAAGCAUCGCUUGCACGCAGAUGGCAACACCUCUUCGCUCAGCCGCUCCUCAAGCACGAAAUCAAGUGGUGGUCUAUGGCCACUCCCGCGUGUCUUCCGCUCACUAUGGAGUACUUCCCGUCCACGCAUGAACUGGAAAACUCAUACGACGUGUUCUCCUACGAUUUCGUCUGCGACCCUUCUGAGAUGCAGUCGUUCUUGAUCCGGCUUCCACCCAUGCACGGGAGCCCUGAUGAGAUGCGGCGAGCGUGGGCACUCGCCAUGAUGCGCGUUAUGGUAGCCAUCCGUCUCGCGCAAGGCUUCCAAUUCGUCUUACGCCCUUCAAAGAGCACAGGCGACAGUGAGGCCGGCAUCCAGAGCUCGUCGCUGAGGAGAACGAAGUCGUAUUCGGCCACGGGCGAAGACAGCACAAGCUCCCGCCCGAUCGGCGCGGCAACGGUGCUCAACUCGGCGUCCGACUCUGUCUACCUCAGCAUGAGUAACGAGAUCCACCACAUCAUGUACACGGGAGACUCCAUCCAGGUUCUGCGGUAUGUCAGGAGGAUGCCGAGGACGCAGCUGUUUGAAUACCAGUGUCUGAUUUGGCCGAAGUUGGGCGAGGGUUAUACAGAGUUGAAGACGACGUUCCGGCCGCAUGGUAUGGAGAGCUACGGAUGGAACCGCCUGGACAUGUUGGUUGCAGGUUACGAGAACAAAUUUGCCGAGUCGCUCCGGUAUUGGCGGACACGUUUCGUGAUUAUUCCUACGGACGAGUCUCCUCAUGCUAGCGUAGCGCCAGGUGGAGAGAAGCUGAACGAGGAAGAGACGAGGCUCUUGGGCAUGGACAGACUCGCGGAUCUCUUCUCGAGGGCCCGAAUCGACAUUGACCAGAACACACCCCCGGUACGCUUCAUCACGACCGAUCUUGGACCUGCAGAGUGCAUUCUCGACGAGGGAAUUACUGCACAGUUGGACGAAAUCCAUGCUUCUGGGCCGCUGAAGAAGAAGGUCAAGAGCGAACGGGAUAUAGCUGAUAUGUCGUUACCUGCCAUCGCUAAGGCCAUGCGCGAAGACGAUGGUGUGCUCAUCAAAGAGCAUAGAUGGCAUGGGCGGAAGUACCCGAACUCGUUCACCGGCACGCAGUUCGUGUCGUGGCUCGUUCGAGAGUUCCGCGACAUAUCGAAUCGAGAGCAGGCCACUGAGUGGGGAGCCAAGCUAAUGGAGCAGGGCUUAUUUGAUCAUUGUAGAGGAAGACAUGGUUUCUUGGACGGUCACUACUUCUACAUCCUGCGAGGGGAGUACAUGGUCCCGGUCACUCCUAGGGCAAGCUGGUUCUCUCGCCCAGCGAAGCACGAAGAUCCGAACCCCUGGGGAUCCAACUCACCGAGAUCCUACCAGCCCGGCAAGAGGACAAAGAAACGCUUGCUCCUCCUCAGCCAGAGUGCCAUCAUUGACGCAGAUCCGAAGAAGCAAAGCGACCAAGCCGAAACGGUCAUCCUGCAUCACGAUAUCAUCCAUAAUCCUGCGACGUGCUUUCAUUUUGAGUUGCAUUGGAUUGGGACGACAGCGCGCUGCAUCGAUGACCUCUUGCGACAGUGGAGCAGGACUAUUGAACGGUACGGGCUCAAAUUGGUCGAAGCCUACGUCGACCAGAUUUGCGAUAUCAGGGAGAAAAACGCGUUCCAGUCGUGUUUCCCUAUCCCGCUUGCUGUUCCACCUCCACAAUUGGACGACGUCGGCAGACACAUACCAGAUGGCGCACAGGCGAAGCAUUACUUCGAAUACGCUCUCCUCCGUAAGUGGGGCUUCGUACUGGACAUCGAAGGGGCCGACCAGUAUCCCGACCAAGUAGACGUCGACUAUUCCUAUAGGCGGUCUCACUUUAGGUAUUCCCAGUGGGUACACCGGUCUGGCGUCGCCUUCGUACAGGUCCUCGGGGGUCGUCAAGGCUUCCUCUUCUUGACCAAUAGACUUAUGGCACCGGGUCGCAUUGGUACGUCUCUGAAAUACCACCGACCCGCUGCUGUGGCCGAGGAUAUUCGCGUCAAGCUACAUCAGUUCUGCUCAGAUAAGGAUGCUCUCACACGGUUCUACGAGGAAGAACUUGUGCUGUUAGAUCAUGCUCUUGAAGAACCCCCUCCACUGCAUAUAUGA